AUGUCAUCCUUGAAGGAUCAUGUAACUCCAUCCGAUAUUGUAGUUCCAUCCACUUGUCAUUCCAAUUUUCAUAUUGCUACUCUCUACACUCAACACAUUCUGAGUGGCAUCACCAAUAAUAAUGCGACUACUACCAUGAAUGCUACCACUACUACAACUACAACAACAACUACUACAACAACAACUACUACAACAACUACUACUCCUAUUCACACCAUCAAUGUGGAUGAAAAUUCUCAAAACACAACUCUUCAAACACUCUUUUCUUCUCUUCAUGUGAAAUUGAAUCAAGAACAAUUGGAAUGGAUCAAAGUCAUUGAAGCAUUGAGUCAAGCAUUUCAAGAAAAAGCCAACAACAACAAUCAAGUCCAUCCUACGAUUGAAACCUUACUUUUCAAAUUGAAUGAUCAUUUAACUUUUCAUUCCUAUCUUGUGAAUGAUACUUUGAGUGUGGUGGAUGUUGUGUUUUAUGUUUAUUUGUAUUCAUCAAAUGGAAUUGGACAAUUAACCAAGAAACAACAAGAAUCCAUGAUUCAUGUGAUUCGUUAUAUGAAUCAUUUGAAGAACAAAUUCAAGUAUUUUGAUAGUGUCAAGUUGUAUUUACAACCUGUCAAGUUCACUUUACGAAAUUUAUUAACCAGUAACUCAAAUCAGAGUGGUCAGAGUGAGAAACAACAAGCAUCCUCUCCCAAUAAGAACAAGAAGGAUCAAUCAUCCUCUCAAUCAUCCUCUCAACCAAAGGCUACCGAAGAUCAUGCAUCCUCCUCUUCUCCAUUGACCAAUCCCAAUGCCAUUGCUCUCACUGUGGGUUAUGUCUUGUCUUGUGAAGAUCAUCCUGAAGCAUCUAAACUCUAUGUUGAAAAGAUUGCCAUCACUCCUGAUCAUCAUUCUAAAAUUCUCACCAUUUGCAGUGGAUUGAAAGGUAAAGUGGAGAAGGAUCAAAUUGCUAAUCACUAUGUUCUCUUAAUGACUAAUUUGAAACCUUCCAAAAUGGUUGGAAUUGAGAGUGAAGGAAUGCUCUUGGCUGCUACUUCAAGUGAUGAAACUGUUCAAGUAUUAACUUUUAAUCAAUUGGAAGGAUUACAAGCAGGUGAUCGAGUCAUUGUGGAUGGAUUUGAUGUCUGUGAAGUGGAUAAACAAAUUAAGAGUGAUAAAUUAACCAAAAAGAUUAUUCCAUUCAUGAACACCAAUGAACAAGGAGUGGUGGUAUGGAAUAAGACACAUGAAUGGAGAGUAUUAGGAAAACCACACAUUCAACCAGUAUCAAGUUUCAAGAAUGCACCUGUCAAGUAA